AGCGACCGUCGCGCGCCCGUUGCCGAGAAAACGCCCCGAUCAUGGCGCUAUGACGUUCACAAAAUGUGGCGGAUGUCGUCACCAGCAAGCGACGCAGUGACGUCAUCACGGCUCGUCUGCCCGGCGGCUUCACGCAGUAGCAACGAGACAACUUGAGGCCCAAGAUUCCUCUCGAUGGCGGGGCUCGAGCUGCUGUUCGAGGGCGCGGCAGGAAGCGUGACGUCUCCCUCAGACGCGCUGCUUUGCUUGCUGCACUGGGAGCUGGUCACAGCUGGGUACAAGUGCAGGGGGCUCGGCGAACAGGCUGGUGAAAGUGACAAGAACAGUGAAUUGCUUCCACAAGGAUGGAAUGACGUCAAAGAUGUUUACACACUGAGAUAUGCGUCUAAUGACCGCUCAUUACUUUUAAAGGUCAUCCCCAUUGAGAGUGAAGCUAUUAUCAAUUUAAUGGAUACAAAAACUGAACAGGUAGUUGAUUUAACAUUGAAGCUGACUGAGUACAUUGAUGAGGACAAUCUCCAAGAUUUUGAAAGAGUUUUCAAAAAUCAAGAUGGUCUCCGCAACUUGGUGGCCAGAGAACUUGUGGAGCCACUGGGAGGAAGAGAGCAGAGGCGGCAACAGGCCAAAGCCUCAAGUUCACAGCAGGAGGGCAGUCGCAUUGACCCCCUCAGAGAUUACGGACCUCCAAAGAACCUUCCACAUGGCUUCCGGCCACCAAGACAACCUGACUGGUCAGAUCCUGUGAACCCAUUUACAGUAGGUGGAGCUGACCUGGACCCAUUUGGACGUGGCCAAGGUGGAAUGUUGAUGGACCCCAGGCACCGUGGUCCCAGACCUCGGUUUCCUGGUCAGCUACCCCUGGGCUCUGUGCCUCCCGGCGCUCGGUUUGACCCCAUCGGUCCCUAUGGCACCCACGGCGGGCCGGAUCCAGACCACCUGCCUCCCCCCAACUAUGAUGAUAUGUUCAUGUAGCACAACGUGUACAUCUGGAAUUACCUGCAAACGCAAUACACUGCAGUGCUCUUUUAGAUCAAUCUGAUCUUACAAACUUCAUGCAACUGAAAAGCACUUAAUGAUAGAAAAAGAUGUGCAGUCUUGUUUAAAUGUCGAAUUUGUUCAAUCAAAUUGUACUUUAGUUCAUAUUUUUCGUUGCUUGAUAAUUAUUUGCUAUUGGUGUAAGUGCUUAUCCCAACGUAAAAUAGUAAAGAUAUAUGGUCUCAUGCUAUUUCUGUCCAGUCCAUGUUCUUUGCAGUCACACUUGUUCCAUAUGCCUACCUUUGUAUUGCGUUACAUUACAACAUUUAAAUACAGUGCAUCUAAAUGCAUUUGACACUCAACAAGGAACGACUUCACUGACGUUUCGUAGAACUAAACUAAGCACCUUAAAAGUUAGUUUUGGUAGUUAUAUAACUUGUAGUCACUCUGUAUAUGAUUCAAGAUUCAAUAUCAAUAACUUAAUAUGAAGUCAUAUAGCCAAUACAAUACUAUACAAAUUACAAAAAAAAUGUUAAAUCUUAAAGUGCCAUACAUUAAUGCAUGUUGUCAUGGUAUAAACAGGUCAACAAACCCAUUGUCACAUUUUGCCAUUACUGGAUCAUUAAACUUACAUUUUUUCUACAA